AUGCAGACUGUCUCACGUGACCUGGACUUUGCACCUCGUCCUAUCAUCGCCGCCCGAACGGUCAUCAACUUCUCUCUGCCCAUUGUCCCUCUACGCCAUGUUCGCCGCCAGAAGAUCCGCCGCCUCGUCACGGCUGCUGCGCCAGCCUCGUCGACAUGGCUCGCAUGCUGCGCACCACGCCGAGCCCGUGAGCGAAGGCUUCGGCGUAAGCUUUCUCCCUCCCCCCCCCCCCCCGGCGACCCGAUCAGACCGGGACUCGCGACGAGGCCCCGCAGCUUCUACGUCACCAUUGGCAGCUUCGCCUCGGCCUACCUCCUCUACCGGGUUAGCAAAUCGAACCAAGAAUCCGACUCGCCGUCAUGGAUCUCGAGCUUCAUUAGCAAGUGGACGCCCUCGCAGGAGGUGUUUGAGGAGCGGAAUGCUAUCCGCACUGCUGUCAUGGAGAAGGCCGCACACGACCGCCACCUUUUCCAGAGCCAAGGGCCCCGUGAAGCCUACGACCUGAAACAGCCCGAGAUGAUGAAUGCUGGGUCGCCAUUCAACGUGUCCCCCGGUUCGCAGGCCGACCUGAGCGCCGUGGUGGCUCACUAUCAGCGCCAGAACAAGGAGAUGGAGGACGCUCGCAUUGCGCGGACAAAGGAUGGCAAGGUGGUGUCGCUCUAUGAUUAA